AUGAAAACGAGUCGUGCUAGACUUUUCUGGCGUCAGGCUAAGAAUAAACUGCUUGACUGCCAGCAGAAGAUGGGAGUUGUUAGGAAGAAGUCACCGGUUCCGUCAUCCAUCAAGUUAGAUGAGCCAGUUUUGGAAGAAGUCUUGAAAAGGCUCGAUCUUAAUGAACGCGUUCAACUAAGAAGUCUUUCCUCUCAAGUGUCUGAUCUCGUCGAUCGAAUGCCGCUUGUUCUACCUUUCGUAUUUAUUCGGUCAGAUGGAUGCGGGGACAUCGAGCUCCACUGCGAUCGAAUGGAUAUACUUCAAUCUUAUGUCCUCACUGACCAAUCGGCCUUCGAAAUACGCAACGGCGCCAUCGUGUUCUCUUACGGUAAUGCAUCCGCGGUAAUCACAGCAGUUGUUUCUCGAAUCACUGGGAUUGCGCAUCUGUGGCUGGAUUCUGAAUGGAAUGGUCAUAUUGUACAGGCCAUCGUAGAAUAUUAUCAGUCAAUUAACAACGGGAGCAGAAGAAUUAGACUCCACAUGGAACAGCUCACAGUGGUUGGCAGCAUAAGAAGCAAAGACAUUGACUGGAUCUCAUCGUUGAUUCUACUCUCUCGUCGCACGCUUCAGCACUUGCGCUUUCGCCACUGCCGGCUGCACUCUCAACCACAAACAGUUCAGUUCUGGUCAGCCAUCUCACAAUGCCAGCAACUGGCUGGUUUACAAUACGAACCUUGUCGUUUGGACAAAUGGAGCAGGCCACAUUUGAUUGAUGCCUUGGACAAUAAGUCGUUGAAGUCUCUAAUUCUAACCGGCAUCGAUGGCCUCAAACCUGCAGAUCUCAUUCGAAUUGCUGCUGAUUCACAACUCGUAGAGUUGGCCGUCGUGGGGGAACUGAUCAAGCCUUCAAUAUACGCUCAGAAGGAAGCAUUGAAGAUGCUCGACACCGUUAAAAAUCUCCUCAUACAGGUGGAUUCAACCUUUUCUAUCGACGAUCCCAUUGAACGUGGAGCGAUUCUGCAGAUGAUGAUGACCCUUCCUGCCAGUAGCACCUUGGAAGUGAUUCACGUGAGUCGAGGAACGGUCUCGGAUACCACAAAGCUCAUCAGUUACUGGAUUCGACUGGCAAGAGAUUCAUCCCGUGAAGUGAAGCUGAAGUUGGAGGAGUGCUCGCAGGAGCGAGCUGACGCCGCCGUCGGAAGGCUUUUGCGGAAAACUCGCGACGUGACUCGAACUGCCUGGACGAAGUGUGGUGUGCGAUUGGAAAUGGACACAGGCCGGUUGAUAGUGCUCGACAAGCGCUCCUGGUUCGAGUAG